AUGAUAGCUGACAACAGUUAGCUAACGCUAGUGUUUUCGUGAUUUGGAAAGAUGGUUGGGGACAUGCGAGGUUUUGCGCUAGAAAAAGCCGAACUACUUUCCAGCCGUUUGAAGGAGAUCCUGUCUUCGGGACAAGGAUAUGUUCUGGCUCAGUUCGGCGUGGAUUUGGGUCUGAAGCCUGAUGUGUACCCGACAUGGGUCAUCCUGUCUACGGCUGCGGUGGGUCUGUUGCUGCUACUCUGCCUGUCCUGGGCCACUGUCUGUGGUGGUCUGUUUGUCGGGAAAAAGCGGGGAUCCCCGGUCCCCCAAGGCAACCGUGAGCCUGGCAAGGCCAAUGUUGCUAAAAUUGCCAAACCAGAAGAGCAGAAGAAGAGGAACAAGAAGAAAACGCUUGAAAAGAACACUCAAUCCAAUGGACAACCAGUGGCUGUAGCUCAAGAGGAAGUUAAAGUGACAGAGGUAUUUUCCAAGCUUGCCAUGCAGAUCAAAACUGAGAAGGUUCAUGCGGUACAGGCCCCAGUGCAGGUGAAAAAGAACAAGAAGAAAACCAAGACAAAUGUAAAACCAGUUCAGUAUGUGUCUGCAAAUAAUGGGAAGGAACCUGAUGAUGGUGCAUGGGAGACCAAAGUCAGUAACCGAGAGAAGAAGCAGCAGCGCAGGAAGGAUAUGGGUUCUGGGGAUUCUGGUAGCCCAGGAGGGGUGGAGGUUCCCAAGAGUAACACAGAGGCACCUGUGACCACAGCACCUACCAACACCAAGAAGAACAGAGGAAACCAUGAGUCCCUGCAUUCAAGAACUGCUGGAAAGGGGGACACAACUAGUGGAGCUGUGGCGUCCAGCCGGAGAGAGGAGCCUUCAGUCAAUGGUGGUGGUUGGAUUGACAUGUCUUUGAAGAUCCCACGUCAGAUGGGUGCUGUGGAUGGAACCAAGUGGAGUGCCAUCUCCGCGCCUACACAUUACAGGGCCCCACCUAAGCCUCAAUCCUGGGGAAAGGAGACACAAGCAUGGAGUGGCAUUGAUGGCCGGAUAAAGACUGACCUCAACUCUGUGACCUUCUCCAUGCUGGGACUAAACCCCACAGACCCAAUAUCAAAUUCAGCGGAGCUGCAGUGGGCGAGGCGCCCUGAUGUUGACGAUGAAUGGUCUGGAUACAAUGGGGUGGCAGCCGUGGACCCCAGCUCUGACUGGAAUGCCCCAGUAGAGCACUGGGGAAACUAUGAAGAGCCCCCUGUGUUGGUGACACCAGCGCCUCCACUGAAGGAACAGCCUGUCCCAAACAAGGUAUCAGAGGAAGAGAAGGACACUGAUGAUCUCGCCAGUGAAGCAGCCAAAUCCAAGAAGAAGAGGAAAAAGAAGAAGAAAUCCGAAGAGGAGGCUGCCUCUGAGGCUCAGAUUGUGAGCACAGUGCUCCUGGUCAAUACAGUACCCAAACCCCAAGAGCCUCCUGUGCUGGCUUCCAAAAAGCAGAAUCCCAGCAUAUCAUCCGCUCAGAAGAAGUCUGAGCCGACUGUGGAGCCUCUGAAGGCCUCCCAGAAGAAAAAGGUCCGAAGGGAAACAUGAAGUCACAUCACAGGUCCAUACAAAGCAUAUGCAAAUGAUUGUAAAACGUGUCACAUGCAAUAAUGACCAGGUACAGAGUUUCCUUCUGAGCUACAUUAACAGUUUAUCAGUUACCGAAACAAAAAGAAAACAGGCGGUGGGUGGAUAUCACCUGCUUGGCUAAAUACAGUGAUGAAAUGUGGUCCUAUGGACUGAAAUCUUAACUAAUUUGCACUAUUUGCUACACUGCAACCAGAGUGGGGUUUCAGGGGAGGUGGACUUGCAGUGGAGGUCCAUGUUCAUGUAAUUAUUUUAACGGUAUCAAAAGUGUUAUUCCCUCCCAAGAGUGUAUGUUUAUCAUUUUUAACCCAAAAGCGGGUUAUAUUUAAAUUUGUUAUUGUAUGAAAAUUUAAGUUACAAGAGAAGCAUACUUCUUUGCUCCCCAGAAUAUUGCACUUUGUUUUGUUCGCCGUGCUUCUGCCCUGAUAUCAAUUACUGAAAAGUGUGGGAGCAAGCUGCAUGUGAGGGCUGGUCUCAGAUCAGGAGAGGUUCAGAUUUCUUUCAAGUGCAUCUCGGUGCAACACUCGCAUACCCAUAUGUUCAUUGAGAGAGUUUUAGGUUGCUAUAAUCCGACCCCCUCUUCGUACUGGCCAUGAUGUGAUACACCCACAGAGCUGCAAUGUAAGAAAUGGGGGAUCACAAAUCUACCCUCCUCAUUUUUUUUUUUAUUCUAAAGUGUAUCUGAAGUUAACAUGAGACGUUAGUUAAGUUAGUGUUGCCAAAUGGAUGGGUAUUUUCCAAAGUCAUGGCCUUUUUUAGUACAAACCUCCACCUUUUGUGUUUCCCGUGUUAACUUUCUGGGCUGUGAGUGAUACGUCCUGACAGCCAGAGCUACAAAACCUUGACAAUAAACCUACUCGUGACUACCAGAACAAAGGUAUUCUCAGACUGCUGAAGCCUCAUAUUAGUUUUGGCUGAACUUUAGGUGCCACUUUGUACCUUUUUUAUAUUGUAGUCGCUCUAUGAAGGUAUCACUGGACAGCCAUUAUGGAGAGAAGAAAUUAUUACAGUGACCUAUAACUCUUUCAACAAACAAAUUGCAUCUGAGUGUUGUGUUAAGAUGGGUUUGUCUAUCCUUUUUAAUUAAUAUCUCCCAAAAUCUAUUCUUGGAGUACAAACACACGCUACCUGUAGGCUGUGUAGUUUAUUAAAGCUCCUUUUAUGAAGAAUGGCAGCUGUUAUCAGGUUGUUUCACAGCAGAAACAAAAGUAUUUGGUCAUAGAAACUUCUCCACAACCGCUCCUGCAGCGUAAUCCACCUCUUCACUGUCCAUCCGAGUGGUAGUAUGUUCAUACUUUCAUUGUUUUGCCAAAAUAUGGUUAGAUUCACGACUGCUCGAAACUGUGAUGACAAUUUAGAGCACACUGACGGCUGAAAAGCUACUGAUUCAGCAGUAAUGGAUCAGAUCAGAUCAUUUCUUCAAAGAUGACGCUACAUUUAAAAUUUGGAUGUUAUAUACUGGUUCGGGAUUCCCACUGAGGACUGUUGAUAAGUGUUAUGGAAGGAACACAGUGACUGAUAUGAUCCACCAGGGGGCACUGUAAUGUGAAGUAAAGCAGUAGUGGGAUUAUUAUCAUUCUGAGUGUGUCUUUCUUUAUCUAACUAGACUGUGCGUUGAUUUUCUAGACACUUAAUGAACCCUUCUGCAGUCUUUCUGAUUUUUUAAAACAUUUUUCUUCCAGUUUCUGUGCUAGAAAAAGCCAUGCCAUAUGUACAGAUUGUAAGGGGGCCUUUUCCAGUCCUGUGAUUGCACUGUGCAAAAGGCUGUAUUGAGUUCCUUUUUGAUGUCUAUGAAUUGUUUUUUACUACCUUUUUGCAGAAUGUGAAAUGUGAAUUUGUUUGUGUUUAACCUGACAUCAAGCAUUUAUGAUUGGGGAUUUUUUUUUUUUUUACAUAAAUUGAGAAUGAAGACAUACAUAAAGAUAUAAUAUGGAGCAGCUUUAAUUCCACAUCAAAGUUGUUUUUAAACAAGACACACAAUUACACAUGCAUAACAGGAAUUUAAUUCCAUUGCCUUAUCCUGAAUUUUAGAAAGUGCAUUGGCAUCCUUUUUUUCUUUAUAGUUUCCAACUACCGGUAAUUGCAAGUUUUUAUGUCAGAAACACAUUUCUUGCAUGACUUUGAUAAUAGUACUUGUGUACAUGAAAUGAAUGAUCUCUUGCUUUAACUGUUAGUACGUGGUCCCGGAGUACCACUCAGUGUAUAUACUGUAAUAGCUUUUUUUAAUGAGACAAAUUGCAGCUUUUCUUUGAGCUUCCAAUUUACAGACAUAAACAGGAGUCUGUUGUUGGUAGUCAAAGAACCUUUGUGCAUCGAGGUGGUAAUGCAUAGUUGUUAGUAGAGCUGAUAGAACAAAAUGACGCCGUGGCUUCAGGCGCCCUUUGUGUUUCAUUUCUACUGAUGAUUAAAUGGAUUCAAUCAAUGUAUUUAUAUACUUGUCUCUAGGACAUGGUUAUGUGAACGAUUUUGUUUAUUGAGGAGAUACAAAUGAUAUUUUCUGUCUGUUUGGUAAAAAUGGCAAAUAAAUGAGAAUUGCUUGAUAUGA